AUGGUGCUUCAAUUGCACGUGUGGGGACCGGCGUUCAAUUUGCCCUCCAUUGAUGCCCAAUGUCUGGCCGUGAUCGCAUAUUGCUCGUUGACCCUUCCCAAGGGCUCAUGGGAGCUGAUUGCUACUAGCGAUCCUUCCGUUUCUCCUACUGGAGAACUCCCCGCACUUCAAGAUGGAUCGACAUGGGUGAGCCGAUUUCGCAAUAUCGUGGACUAUCUCCGACAAUACUCCAACGGAGAAUGGGAUUUGGACGGGUCGCUAGAAGGACCGGCGCGCGCAGACAACAUCGCUUUGACGAGCCCUCGUGUGCAUGCGACGGCUUCGGCUAACAAGGGUGCCCGUGCGUGUGGGCUUGACAGAUUCUCCUCCUUCAUCGAAUCUCGCGGUCAUACCCUCAUCGAUCUCUCCUUGUACGUGAGCAGUCAAAAUUACUACGGCAACACAUCACCCGCGUAUGGGAAUCUCCUCCAAUGGCCCAAUCAGUGGAUUUUACCGCCAAAGCUGCACAGCGCCGCCAAAGCUCGAACGGAACACCUCGGCCUGUCCUCGUUGGAUUUACAAGCGAUGGAAGAGCAGCGCCAGCGCGAACACUCGGCCGCAGUCGCAGCUGGCCGAGUCCCCAAGAACCUGAUUCCCCAGCCACAAGACACCGUCUCCAAGCUCCUCGGCCGAACAGCGCAGCACAAUCAUUUCCGCCUCGAGGCGCUAACGGGCGAGUUUUUCGAGCCACUAGAGGCCAUGAUUGGCGAGAAGUCAUACUUCCUGGCCACAAGUGAAGACGAUACAGCCUCUAGUCUGGAUUGCGUCGCACUGGGCUACCUUGCGCUUGCGCUAGUGCCCGAGCUCACAUUCCCCUGGCUGCGAGAGGCGAUGCAGACCAAGAGCCCACGUCUCACAGCCUACACGGAGCGCCUGCGUCGUCUUUGCUUUGGCGAAGCGCCGGUCGAGGUUAGCCACGCAUUUUCACCAGAGACUGCACCUUCAUCUGCACUUCCAUGGAAAGCUCCGAGUCGAAUCUCCGUCGUCGCCGUCGGCAACACGCUUCUUGACACCGCUGCCGACUCAUUACCGCUCCUGCGUAGAGCCCGCAAAUAUAACCGAUUGAAAGAAGGGGCUCAGUCUGCAGAGGCAGGCUUGACCGAUGUCGAAAGGGAUCUUGUCUCCGGAGUGGCUGACGCGGGCAAGAAUGAUCUGUACGUUUCUAUCGCGACCGUCAUCGGUGGUGUUGCCACUCUCGUGGGCUACAUGUUUUACGUUGGUAUGAUCAGGGCCACGGAGCCGGGUGGAGAAGCUCCUGAGGAGGAAGACGAUCUGAAUGCAUUUAAUGCGGGAUCUGCGACCGACUUUCUCGGUAUCUGA